AUGGCGAUGGUCACUGGCCUCAUCCCGAUCCUCCGCACAGCACUGGAAGCCACCACAGACUACACGGGGAGGACCAUGUGGUUUGGUUUCGCUGUGGUCCGUCUUCUUGCUCUCUACGUGUCGGAGAUCCCCUGGGGCAAGCUGGACUUGGACUUCGACUGCCAGGGCAACAUAACCUCAGAGUUCUGCCGGAAAUCCUGUUUCAGCAACCACUUCAGCGUGCCCGUCGUCUCCCUGUGGAACAGCGCCUACGUCUACUUCGUGGUUUCCGUUCUCCUCAUGGAGCUUUUCACCUCCCAGCUCCGGCACAACCUCACCAAGUCUGCCAUGAGGGGGAAAGCUGACCACCCAGAUGGAUUUCUGAUCGGGACUUGGUCCUCAGACUUGGCCCACAAGGAUUUGGUACUGGAUUUCCACCAUCAGAGAACGUUACUUGUCCUCUACUUGUUCUGCAUCUUCCUGCGGCUGGUGGGAGAGCUGACGUUCCUCUACUUCUUGAUGGGGUGGCAUCUGCCGAUGGUGUCUGGUGACCCCAUUGAAUGCUCCACCUCCAUAUGCCCUGGGCCCUUCACAUGCCUGGUCCGAUUCCCUGCCGAGAAGAGAAUGUCCCUCUACCUCCUAGGGUCGUUGUCCAUCAUUAUGGCCAUGGUCUGCAUCAUAUUUGCACUCUACAGCAUCUGUCACUAUUUGACCAAAUGCCGCACUCACCAUAACGAGCGUGUGUGA